UCUCUGGGCCGGCAGUUUGCAGGAGGUGGGCUCACGCUGGAGGAUGAGAAUAGCUCCACUGCCGUAGCUGAAACACAUCACAUCAUGCAGCUGCCGGGGAAAUGAUGAGUCUGCAGAAUUCCUGCAGUACGACGCAAGGGCAAGGAGGGGAAGCAGGUGGAGAUCGCUGUGACCUGCUCAAGUGUGCACGAGCAGUCGGUGCACGCCGUAAACGACAUAUUAUCUGCAUCAAACAGAAACCACAUAGCUCUAACCUUAAUAUCACAAAACCAAACCAAUGCAGCAACUUGAAUCUAAAUAUGGCCGCACUGAUCGAUGUAAUCGCCUGGUGGAAGCAGUGAGAGCAGCUGUAAGAUAGUAGAUCAGGGUCAGACUGCAUCUCUCCCAGAGAAAUGUGUGUGUGCAUGUGUGUGUGUGUGUGCACCAGCCAAGACUUUGGCAGGAGAGGAUUUUUUUGCUGCAUCAGUCAGCACAGGACAGUAAAUAAGGGAGCAGACACUGAGCCCUUACAUCUGCAUCAAGGAGAAGAACAAAGAGGCUUUAAUGCUCGGCACAUUUUUCAACUUAGAUGAUUUUAAAGCUCAGGUUCUCCUCUAGAUUUCUACCACACGCCUCCUACCACGCCCUCAGAGGCAGAGCUGACAGCCAUGGCCUUAUCCUCGUCAGCCUCCUCCUCUAACAAAGCACAGACUCCAUCGCCGGCCGACAGCGACAUCCCCUCCGCCACCGCCGCCGUUUCUCCAAUUACAGAGUGGACACAGAGACUGUCUGGGUCCACAGACUGGGCCGUGAUAAGUGUAGAAAGCAUCGCCUCCUCAGAGACGAGUGUGAGCGAUGCAGCAGCCAGACACGGGAAGGCAGCGGUCAGCGUGGCCCCCCCGGCAUCUCUGCCCCCGUCCAGAGACUCCCCCUCGGAGCAGAGCUGGCAGGAGAGAGACAGCGGACUGGAGCCGCAGGAUGCAGCAGAGAGAGCCGAGGAGGAGAUGACCCUGGUCCUGCUCAGUCUGAUGGAGCAUCAGAGGGCCUCGCUGGGCCUCACCCCCAAAACCGAUGUCAUCACAGGAGCAGUAGAGCUGCUCAGGCGCUUGAUAACAGAGAGAGACGAGCUGCUCGAGGAGGUGGACACACUGAGGGAGACACUGAGGGCGGAGCGGCUGGAGUGGCGUCAGUUCCAGCGUGACCUGCAGGUCGCCGUGUCCGUGGCCGACCGGCUGCGGAUCGAGUCGGACCAGGCUCUGGGUCUGCUCCAGGGGCGCCACAGGGCCGUGGAGGAGCAGCUGGCCCUUGCCCUCAGCGGGCAGCAGGAGAAGGACGGAGAGCUGGAGAGUCUGAGAGCCGAGCACAGAGACGUCUGCAGCAAACUAAACGAACUCACGCUGCAGCAGGAGCAGCAGCGAACCGAGCUGGAUGCUCUGAGAAACACAUGUGUGGCGAAAGACAGAGCGGAUGGUGAUAAACUGAUGGAGAGACGAGACUCUGAGGAGGGAGAGGACAUACAAGAAGCUGCAGGAGAGACUGAAGCUGAGCAGGAGGAGAAUGAAGCAAAUGGAGACGUGGAGGCAAACGGGUCAGGGGACAUGCAGCCGAAGGGGAAGGGGGUAGCGGAGGGGUACCUGCGGAGUUUAGCUGCACUGGAGAAGAAGAAAGAAGCGGGACGUGGGCUCAGAGAUCCGAGGAGGAUCGUGAUGCUGUCUGAACGAUCUUGGAGUUUAUCUCGUCUUCCACUCCCAGUUGACUCCUCCGGUCCAAAUGAGGCUUCAAAUACAAGCACAACUUUGCCACUAUGCAAGAAAGAGCAGCCAACUAAGGGGAGAAGGCUGGAUCGUAUUUUACAGCGACAGGACAGUUGGUCCAGUUUUUAUUCGGGAAAACUGGACGAGGAUCAAAGCUCAGAUUACGUCAAACCUCAGGAUGGUUUCAGUGCUCUGCUGCGGCGUCACGGCGGCUCCAGGAGAAACUCCCUGCUGCGCUGGUGCCAAGGUCGUACACAAGGUUACAAGAAUAUUGAUAUCACCAACUUCAGCAGCAGCUGGGAGGAUGGUUUGGCGUUCUGCGCCGUUUAUCACACGUAUUUACCGAGUCACAUCCCAUAUGAGAGCCUGAACCCUGAGGACAAGAAGGUAAAUCUGGACCUCGCUUUUAGGACGGGAGAGAACGUGGGAGUCACAGGCACACUGACGGUGGAGGAGAUGCUGAGGGCUGACGGGCCGGACUGGCAGAGGGUCCUGGGAUACGUCGAAUGCAUCUUCCGUCAGUUUGAGAUGUGAGGUCGUCUCCUCUCGUCCUGUUUGGACUGAAACACUGUUGGAUUUAAAAUGCAUCAGCAAUAUCGAACUUUAUCAUAAGAUUUUAUGCAUCAACACACGUUCUCAUGAAAAACUCCAAACAGUGUUUUGCCCUCGAAUACUUUUAUUUUUCUACAUACUGUACAUAGUGGUGGCACCAGGUUGGUGAAUAUGCACAGGUCAUCAAAUAUUUGAAUUCCAGACGUUUCACUUACUCAACAGUUACUUUCACAUUUGGUGCUGGAGCCACUGGUUUUGCACGGUUUGCCUUUUUUAAAAAAAAUGCACUUUAUGAUUAUGUAAUUUUUUUAAUGAUUCCAGAAUCUCUGGCAUUUAAGUUUUAUUUAUUUUUAAUCUUAAACCUCUUCUACCAUGACAGUGUUGUCAUGUUCGCAUGCUCCCAAAACUAAACCCACCAAACAGAGGGUGGGAGUAGAUUUUAUUUUCUGUAGAAGUGAUGUUUAUAAACUAAGGAGAGUUGUCUUGUAAAUAUGUAAAUGUGUGUAACCGCUUCAGUAUUUUUAGAAACAUAUUAAACACAUGAAGAUGUCGCUGCUAAACGUUAUGCAAUAAUAAAGUUAUGUAUAAUGUAA